AAGUUAACAGCGUGGAUCUGGUCAAAAAAAUAGCAGAUGCUUGGAAGGAGUUACCAGCAUCACAGAAGCAGGUUUAUGAGGAAGCUAGAAAGACAGACUGGCAAAGAUAUAAGGAGCAGUUGGCUGCAUAUAAAGCACAGCUAACUCCAGCCCAGGCUGCCAUUCUGAAAGAAGAAAGGAAAAGACGACUGGCAAAAAGAAGAUCAUUCAGGGCAAAACGAGAAUUGACUGUGCUUGGAAAACCUAAAAGGCCUCGUAGUGGCUUUAACAUUUUUGUGUCAGAAAACUUUCAAGAAAGUGAGGGAAUUUCGCCUGUGGCAAAGCUGAAGCAGUUAUUUGAUACGUGGCAAAAACUGUCCAGUUCUCAAAAGCAGCCAUACCUGCAGCUUGCUGAAGAUGAUAAGGUUCGGUAUGAAAACGAAAUGAAGUCGUGGGAAGACAAAAUGGUUGAACUCGGACGUGAAGACCUGUUACGUUCCAGAAGGCAAAAGCAAAAAACCCAAACUGCUGAAACGGAAAAGAAAGUCAAAACAGCAAAAGCUUCCUCACAAGAAAAGGAGUCAAAGUUAAAGCUGAAAAAGUCAGAGGAAUAA